AUGUACAACGGCAUCGGCCUCAAGUCGGCGCGAGGCUCAGGCACCAACGGCUACAUCCAGCGCAACCUGUCCAACCUCAAACCGCGCGACGACUGGCGCAAGGACCGCGGCGCCACCGACUUCAAGGACGACGUUGGCGGGCGCGCCCGCCACGUGCAGCCGGAUGCCGGCAUCCUCGACCACGAGCGCAAGCGCAAGGUCGAGGUGCGCUGCAUGGAGCUGCAGGACGAGCUAGAGGAAGAGGGCUUGCCCGCAGACGAGGUCGAGGAGCAGGUAGCGGCGCUCAGGCGGACGCUGCAGGAUGCGCUCGCCAACCCGGCCUCGUCGUUUGGCGCGGCCACGCACGCCGAGACCAAGUCGCUCCGCCCCUCGGACACCCACGCCCUCCGCAUGGCCAAGACGAUCGAGGAGGCCAAGAUGCAGCGCGCCCUCGGCAUCGAUGCCGAGUACAAGGAGGGAGACGCAUUCGACCGCGAGCUCCAGGAGCGCAAGAAGCUGCAGCGCAUCGAAGAGCGGCGCCAGGCCGACGAGGCCAGGAGGCGCGACUGGGAGAGGAAGAAACAGCUCAACCAGGAGAGGCGCGCCCUCACCGCGACCCGCACGACGAUGACGACGACGAUGACCGCCGACGCGCGGCUGGACGUCGAGGCCGGAGCCCCUCGCGCUCUCGUUCGCGCUCGUACGACUCGAGGAACUCGCGCAGCCUCAGCCGCAGCCGCAGCCGCUCUCCCAGCCCUCGACGCGAUCGCGGCGGACAGGCCGCGCCAUCCCGACCGCCUGCGCCUGCGCCGCCUGGUCCACCGCCUGCUCGGCCACCUGUGCUGCAGCAGAGGCGACGUAGCAGCAGCAGCAUCAGCAGCAGCAGGAGCGGUAGUCUCGACCCGGAGCGUCGUGGUCGACCCGUGA